AUGGGGAGCUUCAUCGGUCACGCAGUGCCUGGGUCUAUAUUUCUAAUCUUUUCCAUUUGGUUCUUCAUCGGUACUCUUAUUCGAAAGCAUCAGAACACGAAACCUAGACGAGGUUUGCUUCGCUCAAGCGGUACAACGUGCGCGAGAUUAAAAACCCACGCACCUGUCUGGUACCCAUGUCCCGGAAAGACUCUUUCGAAAAUUCCACUGGAACCCAUUUUUAAGGUGCUCUGUGCGUUUGUGGGGGUUCUCGGGGAGCUUUUCUUGCACCAGUCAUGGAGACUGAUCGGCAAAAAUGGAGAAAUCGUGGAAGGCAACAUCAAUAAUCAUAGCCAUGCCGCUAUGUAUUGUUUCUUCGGCCUCUCAGGUGUGGUUGAUCUUGUGAUGUGGUAUGGUGUAAUUCCUCUACCGCCGAUGACUGACUAUGUGAUCAUAUCAGCAAGUUUCUGGAUCGAAGGAUUUCUCUUCUAUUUUCACCUUCAAGGCCAAUCAGAAAUAAGUGUCCGCUUACACGUCAUUCUCUACAUCGUGAUUUUCAUCACAGCGGCCUUGUUUCUGGCUGAUGUCUUUUUUACGCAACAUCAUUCAUUGCUCUCGCUAAUAAGGGCUGUUUUGGUAGCUGUGCAAGGGUCUUGGUUUUACCAAAUUGCCUUUGUUCUAUAUGGCCCCAACCCUUGGAAAAACACUCCAAAAAAUGUUGAAGUGUUGCCGAUCGCUUUCGCGUGGCAUUUGUUUAUUUUCUUAAUUCUUUCCUUCGUGUUCGUUGCCGUGUUUAAUCGAUUCUGCGGGAAAAAAUAUACUCGAGAUAAUCAAUUAGAUGAGGAGAUCUCGGACGAGGAGACAGAAGACAUUCCUUUGUAAAGUACCUAACACCAGGACAAUAUACUGGGAAAUUGAACGGAUCUUUUUACAGCGUGAUACUUAGGAACAAUUAACAUAAGGGAUCUCUGCCAAGUUCCAGUACGACUUGUGAGAGGAAAAUAGAUCGCUAUCAUCUGGAACUGGAUGCAGGUGCUUUUAAUUUCUGAAAUGGCCCACCGAUCAGGACGAAGAGAAAUACAAACUUUGGUGGUGUGAAAUCUCACCACUUGCUAAGCUACAAACUUGAAUCUCAGUGAAAAACAUCAAGCUUUUUUUUAUACACCACUGUCUGAACGAAAAACUACGAGAAUCACAUUACCCAUUGAUAUUUUCCUAUCGAUAAAUUCAUAAUUCAAGGUUUGCGAAGGUUCAUUUGCAAUUUUAAUUUCUGCUGCAGCGUGAAAAUUUGGGGGGUUAUUUCAACUAUUUUUAGCGGGGUAAAAAACAGUGUGCGCUUUUUUUUCUUUCUUCGAUGCCCUUACCGUAGAUUAGAAUUCGAUUAUUAAGUCAGCGAAAAACACUAAAUUGAGGAAAUUCAGAAACUGUUGUGAAUCAUUGCUGUGGUUUAGAGCCUAACUGCAGCAUGUUCCCGCUACAGUUAUAAAUAUUGCGGCGCUUCAAAUUAAGGACUGCUGAGUUAAGGGCAACUAAUAUUUUUCUCGCUUUAUUCUUAGCUGAGGGCGAACAAUAA